AUGGACACAUUGGAACUAAAGUUUCAGAAGCUGUUCAAAGCCACAAAAGAAAUGACUGAAAAUGAAAAAACACAGCUCAACAACCGAGAGGUGGUCUACCAGAAUAACAUCACCUCUGUUGUCCUUAUGGGAUUCCCAAAUCUUAAAAAUAUCAAAGUUCUGCUUUUCAUGAUUCUGUUUCUCAUAUACUGCAUGACCAUUUGCGGAAACCUUCUUGUCAUGACUUUGAGUCUACUAAGUAAAAGCCUUCAGUCUCCCAUGUACUUCUUUAUUUCACAAUUGUCAUUGUUAGAUGUAAUGUUGAGCACAGUUAUUCUUCCCAACCUUCUUUAUAUUGUACUAUAUGGUGGCUGUACUAUGUCUCUCACCGAAUGCAUCCUCCAGUUUUCCUUCUUUACAACUACUGAGACUUGUGAGUGUCUUCUACUGGCUGUGAUGUCCUAUGAUCGGUAUUUGGCCAUUUACAACCCUUUGCGUUACAGCUCUAUAAUAAACCAAAGGUUUUGCAUAAAAUCUGUGCUGAUUAUCUGGUUAUUAGCUUUUAAAAUAACAUUGAUCAAUCCUUUAUCUAUGAGCACUCUACAUUACUGUGGACCAAAUGUCAUUGACCAUUUCUAUUGUGACUUUGAACCCAUACUUAAGCUUUCUUGCUCCGAUACCUCAUGGAUUCAUGUUGAGACAUUCAUAAUGGCUUUCCUUUUCGUUGCAAUUCCUUUUUUAAUCAUUGUUAUAUCUUAUAUCUAUAUAGCUGUAACUGUUCUAAAGAUCCCAUCUGUCACAGGGAGACAGAAAGCCUUCAGCACCUGCAGUUAUCACCUGAGUGUGGUGUUUAUAUUUUAUGGAACUAUAAUAUUUGUAUAUUUGUUUCCAAAGAAUGGACAAAUGCACAUUAUGAGCAAGCUCCUCUCUCUAUUUUACACUGUAAUUACUCCAUUUCUUAAUCCGAUCAUAUACACUUUUAGGAACAAAGAGUUUAAGAAAGCUUUUGAAAAGAUAACAUCUAAUUCAGUCAAAUUUUGGUAG